CCGCGCAGCACAGAAGCUCUGGCCGCAGUGGCAGCCUUUGAAAAGAGCUAGAGGCUGCAGUUGUCCAGGCUGAGGCACGGAGCUCAUUAACUGCAGCACAAGAAACCCAGACAGCAUCCGUUGUUGCGGCUGUUAAUUGCGCAGGUGAGUGCUGCAAGAGGAGCAACGGCCACACAGAUGGCUCACGAAUCGGGGACACCAAGCAACCCUGCUACCCCACUAAUCCCCAAGGCCAGGGAGGGGCGAGCGCAGCACGCUGCAUACGUCCUCCUGGCCCUGUGCGCUGCAGCGCUGUACCUCGCCGGGGAGCCCGUGGUGCACAUUGCCCGCAGCUUCACCUCCCACUUUGUGGCCCUCCAGAUAGGGGCGCUGCUCAAAGGCAUCUGCUACCUGGUAGAGGAGAUCUUCCACCUUGAGACCAGGCACCGCGGCAGCUUCCGGAGGGCCCUAAGUGCCUGCCUCCACCUGCGCUGGCACGUGACCCUGCUGCUCGUCUGCGGCUCAGCCUAUGUGGCUCUUCUCGAUGGAGAUGAGCAGCCGCUCGGCCUCCACCUCGGCCUGGCCUGCCUCUGCCAGCUCCUGAUCCUCGCCCUCGGUCUCCAUAAGCCCUCAGCUGUGGAAAUAUCCGAGAUGUCUGAGCGCUCCAAGCAGAAUGUAGCUCAUGGGCUCGCCUGGUCUUAUUAUGUUGGGUACCUAAAAAUAGUUCUGCCACGCCUGAAAGAGUCAAUGGAGAAUAUUGGCAGAACCAACCCCAACAUGCUGGCGCACAAGGAGACCUGGAAGCUCCACAUCUUGGUCCCUCUGAGCUGUAACAUCUGCGACGACCUGGAGAAAGCUGACAGCAACAUCCAGUAUGCGAUGGACCUCCCUGAAACAACCCUGACCCGAGCUGGCACAAAAAAAAGAGUCUACAGAAACACCCUCUACAAAAUCAAGGAUGAAGACAAGUUCAGGUUCUGUGUGGUGGAGUACGCCACCCCGCUGCAGUCCCUCUACGCCAUGUCCCAGGACGAAUGUGCCGCUUUCAGCCGAGAGGACCGCAUAGAGCAGGCCAAGCUUUUCUACAGGACCUUGGAGGAGAUCCUGCAAAGCGCCAAGGAGUGUGCAGGCACCUACCGGCUCAUUGUGUAUGAGGAGUCAGGAGAAGCUGAGACACACUUCUUGUCCAGAGAGAUUCUCCGGCACCUCCAGCAGCAGCGUCAGGAGGAGUACACUGUGUGUGAUGGGACCCUCUGCUCAACAGACCUCAGCCUCCAGAUAAGUGAGUCAGAUCUGCCGCAGCCUCUGCGAAGUGACUGCCUCUGAGGCACCAGUGCUGUGUAGCCCCCGCUGCAGCCUCAGAGCUUUGGCCCUCCUUCUCCAAGCUGCAGUCUUUCACAGCAAAUGACUCUCAUGGCAGUGUUCUCCAACCUGCUGCAUGAACUAUAACCACCAUAAACUCCCAAGGAUUGUGUUUGCUGGAAACAGCUGACUCAAACCACAGUCCUGUGACCCGCUUCCCAUUUGCUUUGUCCCUUAUGUUAUGUAUUUCUCAUACAUACAUAUUCAUCUGGGCCUUUUUAAUCUGCUUUGACCUGCAUUGUACAAGGCAUUUUCCCCUGGGGGACAUUGUACUGUUCCAAAUCUUUGGCAAAAUGCACAGCCUGCCCUCAGACUUCGUG